GAGCCAGUCCGACGUUACCUCUGCAGAGGAAAACGCAAUGGAGCCCUGAUCAUAUUUGAUUUCCAUCUCCUUUCACCCCUGGAAAACAAUAUUCGCGUCCAAAUACUGCUUUAUCUGCUAUUUAUUAGUGGCGUAACGGGGCGGUUUAACGAUGUGGAUCCAGGUUCGUACUAUAGACGGGAAGGAGACGCGAACCGUUGAGGAUCUUUCUAGAUUGACCAAAAUUGAGUCUUUACGGUUGAAAAUACAGGACAUCUUCAAUGUAAGCCCACAACAGCAGCGCCUCUUCUACCGAGGGAAGCAGAUGGAAGAUGGCCAGACACUAUUUGAUUAUAACGUGGGUCUCAACGACAUCAUCCAGCUUCUGAUUCGCUCCCAGACCGACCCUCCAGACAGCCCCGCCACCAAGGACUCCUCGGGUAUUGCUUGUAGUUCGGCUCCCUCCACUGACUCCAGGCCUGAAAGCCACAACUCCCCAGCUCCCGUCUCCCCUGCUGCUAUGGAAACCAACACCAAUAUAGACAAUGACAGCAGCAGCAUCACUACCAGCACUAUUACCGAAACCAAGCCGGACACCAGCGCUAACAGUAACUCAGCCAGUACCAAAAAUGGGUUCAAGUCCUCCAGUCCGGUACGGGACACCCAGCCCCCCACAUCCAGCAAAAACACACUAGUCGAUCCAGGCAUUGGCGUGUACAAGAUUAACGAGCUGGUGGACUGCAGAGACGUCAGCAUCGGUGCCUGGUUUGAGGCCUGCAUCGAAAAUGUGACACGCGCACCCAAAGGACAGAUAUCGCCCACCAAGGGCAAGGUGGGCCGGCCCCCAAAAAGGACUAAUGGAAAGCUGGAGGCCGAGCAGGGUCAGGCUCACAACCAGGGCCAAACCACAGACAGUAACAGGAAUAAUGUUGUGUUAAACUCGGACAGUAAUGGAGCCUCCACCUCUCAGACAGACUCUACAGCAGCUACAGAGAGCAAGGAGAGAGAAGAGGAUGUAAUUUACCACAUUAAAUAUGACGACUACCCAGAAAACGGAGUGGUGGAGAUACGACCGGUGCAUGUGCGGCCACGUGCCAGGACCCUGCUGCGGUGGGACCAGCUCCAGGUGGGCAUGCAUGUGAUGGUCAACUACAAUAUGGAGACACCAGAUGAGAGGGGCUUCUGGUUCGACGCCGAGGUUCAAACCCUCAACCAAACCUCUCGCACCAACAAGGAGCUCCGAGUCAAGAUCCUCCUCGGGGGUCCUGGAGAUGUGAUUGGGGAUUGUAAGGUUCAGUUUCUGGAUGAAAUCUACCAGGUGGAGAAACCAGGAGCUCGCGCGCUCUCGGCUGCAGAUGGACAGUUUAAACGGAAGAGCGGGCCGGAGUGUAAGCACUGCAAGGCCGACCCUGACGCAGAGUGUCGCUUCUGCUCCUGCUGCGUGUGCGGCGGGAAACAGGAUGCUCACAUGCAGCUGCUGUGUGACGAGUGCAACAUGGCGUUUCACAUCUACUGCCUCAACCCACCGCUGGCCACCAUCCCAGAUGAGGAGGACUGGUACUGUCCCACCUGUAAAAAUGACACCAGUGAGGUCGUGAAGGCAGGAGAGAAGCUCAAAGCCAGCAAGAAGAAAGCCAAGAUGCCGUCGGCAACAACUGAGAGUCAAAGGGACUGGGGAAAGGGCAUGGCUUGUGUGGGGCGGACUAAAGAAUGCACAAUUGUUCCUUCGAACCACUAUGGACCCAUACCUGGUAUUCCCGUUGGAACCACCUGGAAAUUCAGAGUACAGGUGAGCGAGGCAGGUGUUCACAGGCCACAUGUCGGUGGUAUCCACGGGCGCAGUAACGAUGGCUCCUAUUCACUGGUGCUGGCGGGGGGCUUUGAGGAUGAAGUGGACCGGGGGGAUGAGUUCACCUACACAGGCAGCGGGGGUCGUGACCUCUCAGGAAACAAACGGAUCGGAGAGCACUCAUUUGACCAGACCCUGACGCACAUGAACAGGGCAUUGGCCUUAAACUGUGAUGCACCUCUGAAUGAUAAAGACGGGGCAGAGUCCAAGAACUGGCGGGCAGGGAAGCCAGUGAGGGUUGUGCGUAGUUCCAAAGGUCGACGUAUCAGCAAAUACGCUCCUGAGGAGGGAAAUCGCUACGAUGGCAUUUACAAGGUGGUAAAGUACUGGCCAGAGAUUGGAAAGUGUGGUUACCUGGUGUGGCGGUACCUGCUGAGACGGGACGAUCUGGAACCAGCACCGUGGACACCUGAAGGACUAGAGAGGAUCAAGAAACUGGGGCUUGCUGUUCAGUACCCGCCAGGCUACUUGGCUGCCAUGGCUAACAAAACAAAGAAGGAGGCCUGUGCCAGACCUGGUCGUGGCGGCAGGAGUAAGCACUAUCCCGGGAGGGGGAGGCCACGGAGACAACGCAAGAUCAAGGAGAAAGAGGAGCAUGAUGAAGAAGAGGAGGACAUGCAGCCAAUGGCCACUGAGGAAGUGGAGGAGCCACAAAGUAAUGGAGAGAAGAAGACAACCAGAAGUAGUGAACCCUCACCAGCAGCAGAACCUCCCUCUAAACGGGUGAAGAUAGAGGAGACCUUCCAGCUGUCGGAGCAGCAGCAGCAGUUGAUCCGAGAGGACACAGCCAACAAGAAACUCUGGGAUGAAGCCAUGGAACACCUUAAAGAGGGACCGAAUUUCCUACGCAAGAUGGAGCAGAUCUUCAUGUGCGUGUGCUGCCAGGAGCUGGCCUUCCAACCCAUCACCACCGUCUGCUCACACAAUGUUUGCAAGACUUGUCUCCAGCGCUCGUUCCGAGCGAAGGUGUACACCUGCCCCGCCUGCCGUCACGACCUGGGCAAGGACUACGUCAUGACCCAAAACAAGAUGCUUCAGAUGCUGCUGGACCAGUUCUUUCCCGGCUACAGCAAGGGCCGAUGAGGUCCAAAUCACAUUUAUAAGUAGAAUACGUACAUACACGCACAUAAGCAUCCAUUCUGUGCACCCGCGUAUACCAUCAAGUACCUAGAGCUCCACUUUAAAAUGCAUUGCGCACACAUACUGUACUUACCCUCGGGCAAAUGUAAAUUGCAUAUACAGCCAUUUAUGUAUACAAUCAUUCAUACACAAACAACCUCAGUAGGGACUGACCUCAUCUGUUGAACUUGGACUGUCUCCAUUAACAUCACCAGCCUGAAAUUCAACCAAGGACAUUUUUUAACCUCCCUACUUCUGCCACAAAAACGCACAAAAGGAGCCCCAACUCUUGCACUCACAUGCCAUCAAAAGAUAUUAUAGUUUUCCCCAUCCACUGUGUUGUCCACUGUUUCCGUAAGUUGACGUGCAGCACAUUGUCAGAGUGCAUACUUCUCCCAGACAAUAUCAUGAAAUCAGCCUUUAGAUUCCUGCCAACCUGUACGCAUUUUGUGUACCAUGUACGCAGUUUUACACCAAAAUGAUGAGCCGAGUGUUUUACUCAGCUGAUAAAUAAAAGUGCUCGGUUAAUAAGGUGACCAUUUAGGCACAGCGGGAUUGGCAGUUUCACAAGGUUACUGAAGACGCACAGAUGCGGUAAAAGCCUCUGUACAAAAUUCACUAUGAGCAGGUCAUGUGACUGUGGGACGGCCCAUAGAGUUGGCCUGUUAUACCAAGGUAGAAUCCAAGCAGUCCAGAAUUAACCUGUAUUUAUAUAUGAAACAAAGCACACAAUCUUUUAUGACCUUGGAGCACUUUACCACUGACAUGUGCAGCAGACUUGUUUUGUAGGUCAAUCAGGAGCAUUUGUUAGCAUCCUGCUAGCUGCUCAUGUCAUUUGGAAUAACGCCAUUGCCAUGCCGUGAGCUAAUAAGAAUAGUACAUGUCUCACCAAGCGUAACUUUCAGAGCAUUUUCAGAGAGCAGAAAUUGGCAGCUGUGUCCAGUUUGUUUGGAGUAUUGGAAGAUUUCUGGCUCCAGCAGAGCCGCAACUUUACAUACUUUGUGAACGCAGCAAUGAUCAACAGGCACAACUCUUAGAUUUUUAUGUGGAGUCAAAUUAAAAAAAAAAAAAAAAAAAAAAAA